AUGCUUUGUGGAUCUCAGUGACUGUAUAUCUGUGUAUAUCAAAGUGAAUUUAAUCUUCUCUAAAAUCUAGAAAAGGCAAGUAGUCAAAUCAAUGAAUUUUGCGGAGCUGUUAAAGAAUAUAUAUUCGCUCACAUACGUGUCUACCAGAGACGAAAUAAACAGAAAACUGGACGUAAAUAACCCACCAACAGCAUCAUGUAUCCUGCUGUAGAACAAAAUCUGGGUCAAUAACAAUAUACAUGCAGUGCUUACAAGACCUUAUUAAUAAGAAGAAGGUAAAUAUGGAGGCUGCCAGCCUGGAGAACUUGUGUGUCCUCUACCACAGUGCAAACUAUAUUGUUGUUAAUAAACACUGGGACAUCCGUAUUGAUAGCAAGAUGUGGUAUGAGAAGCAGACUGUUCAGAGCCAACUGAAGUAUCACUUCCCAGAGCUUGCAGAUCCUGGCACCUACUACGGCUUCAGGUUUUGCCAUCAAUUAGAUUUCUCUACAAGUGGAGCUUUAUGUGUUGCACUUAACAAGGCAGCAGCAGGGCAUGCAUAUCGCUGCUUUAAAGAUCGGCUUGUUAUCAAAGCUUAUCUUGCACUGGUCCGUGGCAUUGUGGCUGAGGAGAAAGUGACCGUGGACUAUGCUAUUGGCAAGAACACAACAGAGGGCAAGACCCAUAUGAUGUGCAUUGAAGGAAAAGAUGGGUGUGAAAAUCCCAAGCCCUGCCAAACAGAGCUCACAGUAUUAGAGUAUGGAACAUAUGAAGGAGACCCAGUCACUAAAGUGCUUUUGCAACCUCUGACAGGACGGACCCACCAGCUAAGAGUACACUGUAGUGUCAUUGGUCAUCCCAUAGUGGGAGACUUCACGUAUAGUCUACGCACAGACAACUCUCCUUAUCGCAUGAUGCUGCAUGCUUACUUUCUGCAUAUUCCACUGGAAAAUGAACCAAUACAGGUCAUAGCCACAGAUCCCUUUCUGCCCAGCAUAGACUCAAAUUGGGCACCAGAAAGAUGUGUGAACUCUCUGGAGGAUUUACUAAAGAAUAUUUUAACAAAGCCACAGAUUGAGAAACAGAGCCAAGAAGAACCAGAGACAGUGCACAGGAGCAGCAGCCCAGUGGAGAGUGAGGAACAGAAGGUGCAGUGUCAACAGUGGCUUUGUGAAUGGAAUGUUGACUGAGGAAUCCUUGUGCUUAGCGGCUCAAGAAACUUGCCAUUUUCUUUUACCAGUUUUGAGUUCUGAAACAUACAGUAUGUUUUUAAAGUGCAAUGACCUCUUAUAUGUGAAAAGAUCUAGGAAAAUGUGAUUCUUCAUGUCAUGACCCCUUUAAGAUGGGCCUGUUGAGUAUAUGAAGUGUCCUAUGUGUACAAAAGGUAUUGUUCAUUGUAUGAAUCAUGUAACGGUAUGGUUUAAACUUUUGCGUUUUAAUACAUAUUUUUUAUGAUUUUAAAGUGAUCCAAACUCCUUACAAUUCCUACCUCAAACAAGAAUCAGACAACUGGAUUAAUGGAUAAUGAAAUAUAAAUAUAACUAAAUGAGUCUUGAGUAUGUUAUUGCAUGUCAUCCUGUUCCUUACACUGUUGUGUAAUAUUUGGAAGUCUACUAAAGUAGGCCUCAAAACAUAGAGAAAACAUUGAAAUAACUUGAAAUGAUCCAGUAUACAUUUUCUUUAUAAAAAAGCAUUUAUUAACAACUGUAAUACAAUCUGUUUUAGCACAAAGAUACCAUUAAUUGUUGCAGAAGUGUUACAGCUAAAUAGUUAAUUUGUAAUAAAUAAAGGUCCUUCAGUCUAUCAGCUGAUCAUUGAG